CCCACUGAUCCUAAUAUGGAAUUCAGCAGGAAACCCAUGAUUUCCUGACACACAGCAAGCUGGGGAAAGAAAGGAAAAACUCCAUUAAAAACCUCUAGCUUUCCUCCAUGUUAGAAAUGCAAUGGAAAAUGGAGUGGAUUUAAACAGGAAUCCCUCUGCCCAAGCCGGAGAGGGAAAGAAGAACUUCACAGCCUCCAACUGCUGACGUUUUUCAAGUUGCAAUAAAAUCUCAGGGUCAGGAUGAGGAUUUCCUGACUCCAGCUAACAAGAGAGGACAAUCCUUUUUAUUUUUAAUUAAUAUAUAUGUGAAUAUUUAAUGUAGUUAUCUCAAUGGUUCUAAUUACUGACUGGGGCACUGUUAGAGGCGGCUCUCCUAGCCUGGAAACAUUAGUAUGAUUUCCUGAGUUUGAGAACCCCCCCCAAACUCAGGAACGGUCAGUACAAUCACACUUCAUUUUUCCUUCAUGUGCACUUGGAAGUAUCAGCAGCCGCAGCCGGAGCAGAAGCAGCAAGAAUGAACUGCAAGGAGGAAGAUGAGAACUGCACGGAUGGCAGCAGCGAUAACAGGAAAAAGAUGUUAAAGUGCGUGGUGGUCGGGGAUGGUGCAGUGGGGAAAACCUGCUUGUUAAUGAGUUAUGCCAACGAUGCCUUCCCAGAAGAGUAUGUGCCUACCGUCUUUGACCACUAUGCAGUAACUGUGACUGUCGGAGGAAAGCAGCACUUGCUGGGACUAUAUGAUACCGCAGGACAGGAGGACUACAACCAACUGAGGCCUCUGUCCUACCCCCACACAGACGUAUUCUUGAUCUGCUUCUCAGUGGUGAACCCUGCCUCUUACCACAACGUCCAAGAAGAGUGGGUGCCUGAACUGAAAGACUGCAUGCCCGAUGUGCCUUACGUGCUCAUAGGAACACAGAUUGACCUUCGUGAUGACCCCAAAACUUUGGCUCGACUGCUCUAUAUGAAGGAGAAACCCCUCACUUAUGAACACGGAGUGAAGCUAGCUAAAGAGAUUGGAGCACAGUGUUACUUGGAAUGUUCAGCCUUGACACAGAAAGGUCUUAAAACAGUCUUCGAUGAAGCAAUCCUCACCAUUUUUAACCCAAAGAAGAAGAAAAAACACUGCAUGAAGUGCCAUGGCUGCUGCACAGUUGUAUGAGGUCACUUGAGAAGCAAAGCAAGACAAUGCUAAUGUUCAGUUAAACCACGCAGGCUAGAAUGUCAACGAGAGGCGCACACAACUUUAAUGGGGAACAUGACCAGAAAGGAGUCCUAUUUAAUCAUAUAGGAUUCCUCCGUUCUGUGAAACCUCCAAGCUGUACCAUGGUAGGCCAACUAAUGUUUAUUUGCUUUCCUAACCCUACAGAGCUAUCUGCAGCCUGUUCCCACAUUAUGCUAGACUGCACUGAGCCAGUAUGAAACAUGAUGCCUGCUAAUGGCCAACUCCAUGAAUCAGAUGAAGGUUCUGUGUGUAAAAUUUGAAAGACACUAUAAUGGAACCAAAAAAACCUUCAUUUGAGGCCUUAAACACAAGUUGAUCAAAAGUAUGAAGCUACAAUAUGUAGGAAUUGAAUAUGAACGGAUCAAAAGCACACAAAGUUCUUUCAAGGUUUAAUAUGCAAGAUAUACAUUAUAAGCAGGAUAUACUUUCAAAUAACUUUUCUUUAUAGAAAUAUAGGAUUGGGGUAGGGGACUUCCCAGGCCCCUAAGCUCAGUCCAAUAUAAGAUAUCUGUUAAUUUCAGGAUCUACUUUACUUUGUCUACAUAAAUGAAAACAAAUGUUGCUUUCACGUUAACAUAGCCGAUAUCCAUCUAUCACUGCACUCGGACUAUCAGAACUGAUCAACAUUUACCUCCAGACUUAAGGAAUGUUCUUUUUAUUAAAAAAAUGCAGAUAACUGUAUUCAUGGAAAUGUACAGGCUGAGCCAUCUUUUCAAAAGCUGGGAGAGGGGAAACAAUAUUAGUGAAAAACAUGAAAACAAAGAAAUUGUGUUACCAAAGAAUAUUGUAAUAGAUGUGAGGUAUCAGCGUGGAAGAACCUUCCUUCCAAACUCAGAACGUUAAAGGGCUGCAUUUGUAAAUGCAGGUGUACAUUUACUGUAUAGACCAGGCUGAUUUCCACACCUCCCCCAGCAAGCGACAACAAAACCAGACCAUGCCAAAGCUCACGUUGAUUUUAAGUGCUUUACAAUGAUCCAAUUGCCUUAUAUGAAAUAGCUUUCUAAAGAUGCUCUCAUGGAAAGUAAUUAACUCAAAUGGAGUUUCAAGCAUGUCUUAAUGGUAGUUGUCGCUCUGCUAUUCACUGUUUUGAGAGGUUGUUGGGGUUUUUUUCCUCCCACGCUCAUUAUUCUACAUGCAACAUUUAAGGUAUAGUGUAGGUCUGAUACUCAGGAACUUUCUUUCAUGCAAUUUGCAGAAUGAUGUGCUACAGCAUGUAGUACUGAAACAGGAAACCUAAAUCUUAAGGGAAUGAAAGCUGACAAUAAGCAUUCUCUGCUGUUGAAUAAAGCGUGCCUUUCCACUGCGGCUUCUCCAGGGAGCCUGUUGUUUUGCACAUCACAGUACGAUGCUGUUACAAUACAGACAUUGAGAGAUGAACUUUAAGGGUGUCUUAUUACUUGCAUCUGCUUACAAGUACCCUGGAAAUGCCCAUGUAACUGUCUUGUUAUGGAUUUCAUUUCUGAUAACACCUCUCCCAGGCAUAACAUUUCAGUGCUAGCACAUCUGUGUUUCUAGUCUCAGAAUGUAAAUCCCUGACAAAAGCAACUUCCAGAGUUGAAAUUUUCAAAUACUGCUUGAAUAAAUAAUGUUACUGCACCCUAUCACCCCAGGGAAGUAAUGGCAAAAGAACAACAAAAUCUCCUCUGCCCUGCCAUUAUUUGGAAUAGCCAGCACUCUGCUUUUUGCAAGGCCUGUACUGUGCUCCAGCUUGCACAAGGGCAACUGAAAACCUCUGCCAUUAAGGGAAGGUUAUGGAACCAAUCCCAUGGAACCAAUGGGAUUUGGAGUAAGGCCCAAAAUAAGCAACAGCCUAGAUACAGGGCUUGACUCUGCACCUAUUAAAUCAAAGGCAAAACUCUCUUGUGAUGAUGAUACUUGCAAACUUUUUGAAACAGAUAGUUACAGCAAGGGCAUCCUAAAUCAGUGGGAAACCACCUGUUGUAAAUAUAAUGGCAAACGACUCAAUUUCUGGUCAGUAAAUGCAACUCGCUAUCCCCUACAGCCCCAUGAAGUCUGUGUUCGCUGUGCUAUUGAUCUCAAUGGGAGUAGGGGCAGGCACUCCCAAACUGUACAUGGGAGUAGAGAUCACCAAUUAGCUCUUCUAUACAAGCGUGGCCAGGUGAAUUUGCAAAGAAGUGCAUUUUAUUACAACAGUGCCUGGUAAAACUGCACUAACCAUCUUUUCCUCAUGGUGCAUUCACUUGGCUGAAAAUGUAGUUAUGGUAAAUUACCGAUGCUGAAGAAUGUCUGGAGAUGUCCUUACAGCUCAGGUAUACGUCCCUAAUGAGCACCCAUAGCUGUUUCAUUGUCAAAGAGAUUCUCUUUAAAUAUGCUAACAAAAAGGUUUGGGGAAACGUGGCUCAGGUGGAGAGAGAGCACAGAGUUGAUGCAAGUUACUUUUUCAUAAAGUUUCCUUCAAUGUGAAAGGACCGGUGGCUUGGAAUUAAGUGACAGCAUCAAUUCAUACCUUUGCUGCCAUGCAGCUACUAUGGGCAGCGGUGGGAAUUCUUUUAGAUGGUACACAGGAUGCCAAGUAAAUUAAUAUGAAUAUAAAGAUAUCUGAGGAGCAACCAGAAAGUUCAGACAGAAUGGAUACAUGAAUACUUAGCAAAUAGUUUACUUACCUAGGGUCCAACCCAAAACCUACUGAAAUUCUACAGAUGCUGUAUCUCGACUUUAAAGGUGAACCAGGCUCUGGCUGAGGUUGGCAGUUGAUUUCAAUGGAAGUAAAUUGGGAUGCCUGUUUUGUUCCCUAUGAAUUGCUAGAUGCAGAGUACAUACUUACGUAGAAGCAAGGUAGAAAUAGAUGCCAAGUCUGUUUUAGCUGAACUGCAACACAAGCCCUAAGGUGGGGGUUGCCAGAUAUUUUUAUAGCUUCUCAAAACAAAGAGAAAAUAAAAUUCUAGACUGACAAGCUCAGUUUAAGACAUAACGAGAACAUUGGAAAAGUGCAAUGCAAUAUUCUCAGCAUACAUCUGAGGAAGCCACAAAUAACCAAAUGACAGUUUUUGUGUGCUGCAUAAUAUCAGUGACAUAUGAUAAAUCAAAAGGAAAUCAAAAUCAAUUUCACAUAAAAAGGAAAUUGCAACUUGUAACAUUAACAUAACUGCAGUAGUUUGCAGAAAUUAAAUAAAAAAAGACUCUGAUAGUAGAGGCUAAAAAGCUAAUAUAAAAAGCUCAGUAUAUUAAAAAUGCAGAAACUCCUAUAAAUUGUAGUGGAAGCAAGUAGAGGAAUAUUAUUUAGGAAAAAGAAUAUUUUAAUUAAUGCAAGGCAAGACUUUUUUACACUUAUAGAGUGAAAUAAAUCAAUUUUGCUGGGUGACAUAUUUAUAAAUUAAAGAAAUACAUGCAAGUUGCUAAUGACCAAAAUUUGACCCUCUUCAAAAAAGAAAUAGCCUUUGAAUUCGGUGUAUUUUUUGUUCCAUGCCAUAGAGAAGGAAUGUUUUAAAAGCAGCCAUUAUUUAUGUAGGUCCUAAAGGCCUCUUUAAUUACUCCCCUAGUGUUUUCAAGGAAGUACAUCUCUAUGUACAGAGCAGCAUUUAUGAAAGCAGCUACCCAGUUGUAUAACUAAAUUAACCUUUUGCGAUGAGAGCAACUCAACUUCCACAGGCAAACAUACGCUUUAGAAGCACAAACUGAUAUUCUUCCCAAAUACGGUAGGCAGAGAUAAGGAGAUCCUUUGAAAAUCUAGCCAAUAGUUAAUUGUGUUUUUCUGUUACAAAGACAGCAGAUGACAGUACCGAUGAUGCUAAGGAAGAAACAAGGGGAGGAACAGAAACAACAUAUCAUUUUCAAGCACCAUUAGGAACAAAAAGAAACUACACAGGUUUUCCCAGUAAAAGCAGACAGGUCACCUGGUUUUAAAAUACUGAGAGCUUGUAGCUUCCCCUGGAAUAGAGGCUCUGAAUUGAUAAUAAAGAAAAUGGUAUUUUAAGGCUUAGGAGAGUAAGUAAAGAGUAACCGCUCCAGGAAACUACUUGACAAUGACCCUUUUACUCAAUUGAUACCAGUGCCUUUUCUGAGAUACCUGCUCCCUUCAUUAAUAUAGCCAAUGAUCAUUUCAAAUGCAUUUAAAUAUCAAAGGAGCGUGCUAGAUCCUAGCAAACUCAUCUGCCUUGGCCCUUUUUGAAACCUUAGUAUUCUACAAGAUCUGGUUUUAAUUCAUAACAGAAGGGUGAAUAGGGUUCUAGCAAAGGACCAAAAAACCCCAAAAAAACAAAACCCCCAAACCAAAAUUAAGCCUUUUGAUUACACCAGGUCUAUUCCAACGCAGUAUGUAUAUCGUGUAGGAUAGGACACCAAUUACAUACUGUGUCUAACCAGCCCUGCAUGUCAGUGCAGUCGGUUAAAAUCACACUUCCAGGCUGCUCCAGGGCAGCCAAACUGAGCGCUCAGACUGACAAUCCAGACCUGAAUGUCUCAGCUAGGAGCCUGCAUGCACUUCAUUGCUCUGCCUUUCAGGACACGUCUACACCAUACAAAGCAAAGGUGGAGACACUAGCCGGGGUAGCGCAUGCCCGGCAGAGUAGGGGCUAGUCCGGUCCCAGAGCCUGAGUCAGCCUGGGUUUCUCAGCACAGCACUGUUCUGCGCUGCGUAGACGUGCCUUUAAAUGCCUUCUGCCACAGGUAGCAUGCAACAUGCAAAGUACCAUCUAUUACCCCAGAUCAAGAAACCAAAUGUUUUUCUCAUGCUCUACCUAAGGAAGGGACAAAGCUAAAAAAACACUGAAGUCAGUAUGAGUCUUUCCUUUGACUUGAGUGAGCUUUGGCUUCAACCCUAAAAUCCAUUAAUAAUCCAGAAACUGAAAUCUAAGCAUUACUCAAGAGCCAAGACUUAGCUACACUUGCUUGCACUACAUUGCACCUUAUUUUUCAAGGAAUUCUCUCAACUCCAACUUUCCCAUGGCCUGUUCCACAGGAGUAAGAGUGGCAGGAUCCUCAGCCAGCUGUCCUGCUAUGUUAAAAAGCCCAUUUAAUUAAUUCCUGAAUCAGUUAUGUUUGGCCAUAAACACUUGUGGUUCGCAUGCCAAAAAGACAAUCAAUUUUCUGUAGGUCCUUCCCCUUCUUCUGUAAGCAGCACGUUUAGCACCGAAACAGUCCCUGGUAGCAGAGCCCCAACAUUUCAGCGAACUUCUGGAAACAAAGUAGUGAAUAAAUGUGGAAGGGGCUGAGGCAAAACCAAACCCCUGACAUGUGACCCUGCCAAACCAAAGCAAAUCACUCCCAAUAAUGGAUGUCUUAGUGCUGCCCUGAGCGGUUUUAGGGUUGUAACAAGCAAGUGGCUGCAUCUUGUUGUGGAAAAACCUACCUUUUGUGCAAAGCAGCUGUGUCAGUCAUCCAGGGCUCUGCUCAUGAGGUGCAUGUACUUAAUAUCACACUGAUAGUAGUGCAGGCCUUGAACAAGAUACUCAAAGUGGCCUAUGUCUCUGGGUAACCAGUUUGAGAUCCCAGUCCUCUGAAUUUUAGACCCACUCUGAGCUAUCUCAAGUUGGAGACCCGGAAGGUGAGGCAUCCACAGUCACUUGUUACAUCUGAAAAUCUUGGCUUUUUGCAAUAGGAAACUUCAGCCACUGGUGACCAUCCAGCAGCGCAUCCUUGGUGCAAGCUGCAAUAUGUCACUAGAGCAAUUUAAGCCUUGCUUGAAACCAGGGGCAGCAGCACUGAUACAAAACAUGCUUUAUAGCUUAGCCCUUCAGUAAGACAGCUAUAAGCUGUAUUGGCACAAACACCAACAGCUGCAACAGAUGGUGAGGACAAGAUCUGUGAAAAGUUUGCUGUCUGUUUCCAUAAUCCAUCUCCCCUCAUUAUCACAUCAGCCAGCUAUGCAACAUUGGCAGCAUGGUGGGAGGUUUUAUAGGAAAAAACUUCAGCUGAGGUUUCUCAUCCUGCUGGCUGCUGCUACCUGAAACAUUUCUCUCUCUCCUCACUGGAUGCUGCUCAUAUGCCCAGUUCAGCCCCGUGUUUAGUCAUAGCUCCUGGCCCUUUCCACAGCUUUCCACUGCAAAGGGGGAACAAUACAAGUACUUCAUCUGGCUCAAAGCUGAAUGAAAAUGUCUCUGGUUCUUGUUUGCAGUGAACUAAGUGUGUUUGCAAACACAUUUGCAACAUAGCAUCAGAAUAAUGCAGCAUACCCUCUUGAUGCCAUGGGAAUUAUUUGUUACACGGAUGGUACAAUACACGUCUCUAAUUUCACCUGUUUUGUUCUUUAUAUUUACCUGUCCCAGGAAACUUUGUCAUGUUUUAAGUGCUGGUGAAAAAUCUGUAAAUGACAGAACUCUCCUCCUAAGUACAGACAAUGAAUUCAGUCUUUGCAGGUUAGUCUAAGAUGCAUAGAUUGAACCAAUAAGCAAGUGAACAGACAUUCCCUUUGAUUCCAGAAAUGCAGCCACAUGAGUGCAGUGGACCAGGCCAGAAGCCCCGGGAGGCUAGAGCUCCACUGGAGCAGACAACUUGGGCCAAGGCUAGCCCACCCACCCUCUAAGUGAGGGUUUGCAGGGGAUGUGCAAAGCAUCCUGGGAUGCUGGGGGACUGUGAGUUAACUUGAAUCUGGAGCAGAUCCGGGACAGAAGUUCAAUAAACCAAUUUAACCUAAAUCAGUUAAGUCUGAUACUACAUCUAUCCUAAUUUAUCUUAAACUGGUUUCAGCCAUUUUGAAAGUGGUUUAUGUGCACUUAACUUCUGUUGUGUUACAGAUUUCAACUGGUUUCCAAUCACUUAUAUUGGUUUAUGGGCAAUUUCUGUUCCUAGCCUCCCGGUUUGUAGCUCUAGCAGGAGGGGAACAGCAUUUCUUCUAAUAGGAGGUGAGAUCAAAACAAACUAGGUCAAAGAGACUUUCUAGGGAUAUCUGUACCCCGCGUAAAAAUGAAUAAAAAAAUGUUAUCAGUGCAAAUAUUCAUAAGGGAAUAAAGACCCCCUGAAAUCAAUGGGAAGGGACUCAUUGUUUUCCAAGGCGCAAGUCUGCAAUCUGAGUUCUGUUCCUAGAGCACAGUGAAAUUAACCAGGUAUAGACAUUUUUUGCACAGUAAAGAUGGGAUUAAAAAGUUAAUUAGGAAUAAUGCAUGCAGUACAAGAGUAGAAUUUACUUUUCUACAUUAGGCAGAAACACAAAGUCAAAUUCAGGAGGCAUAAUCUGUAGCUUUGGGCCCUAACAUUAAGUUACAAUAUCUAAGGAAGAGUCCAAUAAUUAUUAUUAAUAAAAAUGCUUUCCAUCUAUAUAUUUUUAAUUUUAGUUAGAAUUUGUAUUUGUCAUGGAGGGAAAUAUAAACUUUCCUACGUACUUCUGGGAACCCAAACAACAGCAGAAAAGAUAGUACAUAAAACAUCCUAUAAGCCAAAACAAAUUUAAAUUUAACAAAUUUAAAUACCCAAACUGGAAAAGGGGGGGGGGGGGGUUAAAGUCCUUUGAUUUUUUUUAAGUCUCUUUAAAUAGGAGGAUGCCAAUAAACUUAAAGCACCUUGAUAGAAUCAUUUCAUUAGGCAUCUCUUACUCUAUAGACAAGAAAACAUUCCAUAACUGAAUCUUCUGAUUCAAAUAUACUUUCUUUUGAGUUAUUAUCGCUCCUUCAGGAGCCAAUGGAAAAAUUCUAUGGGAGGCAAUGGCCACAUCUACAUGAGACACUGACUGCACAGUUGUUACUACGCAGUCAUUUAGUACUUGCGUAUACAAGUGGCUUUUUAGUGAUGCUGACUGCACAGUAGCUCAUUACUACUGUGCAGUAGUGUCACAUCAUGCUUCAUAAUUGUGAGCUACUGUGCAAUCAGCAUCUCCUGUAGACACAGACAAUGUGGAGAGAUUUGAACACUUUUAAGUUUUUUCUCCAAUUUUUUCAUCUAAAGACCAUCAAAAUGUUGAGGAGAUGGUCACAAUAAGUCAGUUCCAUCCCAUUUUCUAGCUAUAUCCAGGAGAUUCCAUCAUUGCCAAUGAAGAGCUGAAAUGACCCGAUCAUAUAGAAACAUAUAGACAUUCUUUUCUUGUUAUAUAACUGUACUGCAGUUUUCCUUCCCCAUCACCACUCUACCUAGUAAAUCUGUAUGAUUCAGUUAAUCUAUAAGGCACCUCUCUACCCUGCUUUCUUAAUAAAUCUGUGUACACCCCAGCUGAGAAAAAUACCAUUAUUUUUAUUUUAUAAUUUUCAUCUCUAACGAAUUUUAUUAAAAAGUGCCAGUGUUUAAAAAAAAAUCUUUUGGAUGGAAAACAAAACAGUUUUUGAUAAAAGAUUCUGGUCUCAAAAAAAAUAAAUAAAUCACAAAAUAGAAAAAUAUUUUUAGGUUUUGGCUUCUGCUUUUCUAUCCAAACACAAAAAGCUUUUCCAAAAUGAAAACUGAUAUGAAAACAAUGGUUUUGAUAAAACAAAUGAAUACUUUUCAUCAAGAAAAUGUUUCAAUGAAAAGACUUUGUUACACGUUAAUUUUAGGCAGCUCAGGGAGUGGGGGUGUGCGAAAUGGGCCAUAUAUGAUUUGGAUUUGGCCUGAAUCUGGGACAGUGAUUUGAUUUGUUGAUUCGGAUCACUGUCCCUGAUUUGAUUCAGCUGAAUCUGAAGAUUCAAUGCCGAUUCAGAGAAUCAGCGAUUGGGCCAUAGACACAGCUUUAAAUGUUUUUCUACAUACCUCAAGAUACCAGGCAUGGCUCAUGAACGCCGCGAUGCUGGGGCAGAAGCAGCAUCCCACAGGAGUGUGGGUGGCCCCCUGGCAUGCUUGGUGGUGAACCUGGAAGUGGACCAGAAGUACUUCUGGUCCACUUCCAAGUCCACCAGGGAGCAUGCUGGGGGCCCCCCACAUUCUCCCGGCUCAGUGAUCAACCAUGGGGGGACCCCAAGUGCCCUGCCAGACCCAGGAGGCACCAGUCGCUGAGCUGAGAGGGCACGUGCUUCCCGGUGGACCCAGAAGUGGACCGGAAGUACUUAUGGUCCACUUCUGGGUCUGCUGCUGAGCAUGCUAGGGACCACCCCGCAUUCCUGAGGGACGCUCCAUCUGCCCCACCGUCUUAGCAUUCACAAGCCGCCUGGUACCUAGAGGUAUGUAGAAAAAACAUUUAAAGCUGUGUCUAUAUCCGAAUCGCUAGAUCUUUCUGAAUCGAUUUGGAGGGUUCCGAUUCAAUUCGAUUCGAUUCGAUUCAGAGAGAUUAAAGGGUAUCCCAAUUCAAUUCGAUUAGGAGAUUCAGCCAUUGAAUUGGGCCAAAUCUCCACUGAAUCGAAUCAGGGACCAAAGCUUCGCACAGUCCUGUCAGGGAGCUCCUAACCCCUGGACUGUCCAUACAUUAAGACAAGUAAACUAGUUUUAAGCACCCUUUAGGCAUCUUAAAGUUAUGUCAUUCCAGGGCAGUUUUAUCUCUGAUCCCAGCUCAUGUUCCACUCCCAGAGAUAAGCCGCCUAAGUUCCCACUCCCUGGCCACUCCCCAGAGAUAAGCCGCUUAAGUUUCAGUCCUGCAGCAAGUCAGGAUGCAGUGUUCCUUUUCCCCACCAUCUUCUUCUGUGUGGACAACUCACUGCUGUAGCUUCUGUUCAGGCCCCUGCUGGCCAUCCCUCGAGUGGCAAGUCACAGCCGUGCAGGUUGGGGACAGUCAGACAAGGGUUUUAACCUAAAUAUGUAACUACUCUAAACUCAAACUAACACUAACACCAAUCAAUAAUUGAAAAACUAUAACAAGGCCCAAAGAUUUCUGACUUGUUGUAGUCCUGCCUCCAGCCUUAUCUACUCAUUUUGUUUUGCUUUUAAAACAAAACUACCUUCUCCUACAUUGUCUGAAGUUUCCUCUUUUAUUCUUAAGACUGCACAAACAGAAGAGUGGAAGGACACUGUGCAACACCCAACCCUGCAGCCCAGGGAUUGCCUUUAGUGAAAUUAGAUGGGACCGAGUCCAGUGCAUGUUUUAUCUAGGUAAUGCCUGCACAAUGUGAUCCAUCAUGUCCAUGCCAAUAAAAACCCCAUAUAAAACAUCAAAUGAAAGCAAUAGGGGAAGGGAAUCAAAGUAGCACUGAGGGAGGAUCCAAGGCUUCCUUUGUGGCACAGCUACCAAAAAAGCUGGCUCCCAAAUUGAGGCCCAGACUGUCUAAGGGCUAUAGGGGCCUAUCUCCCAGUAAAGUGAAAACCUUAGAGAAUCAGGGCCUUAGGGCUUCAAUUCAAGCCUUUUCACUUCUUCAGUUCUACGAGUUUGGGGUUUAAUCCCUGUUGAUGACCAGGAUGAAAAUAAUUACAUUACAACAUUUUUCCAAGACAGAGUUAUGCCUUGCUGAGGUUGAACCUGGAUCCAUUGGCAUCAUAUGUGUUUUGCUUCACCGUACUGUGCAUUUCUCGGCCAGGUUCUGGACAUACUUGUGUACUUGGUUGGCCAGACAAGAGUUUAGACCACUUCUCUGAUGAACUUUCACUUUGAUUCAAGGUUGAUUGCACUGUAAUUUAUAUCUGUGUAACUGGUCUUCAAUCUGUAGGUCUCAAAACGUAACUGACAAUUCGAUUUUUUUUUUUAAACGGUUUCUACCUGGGGACUGUGCUGAUGGUUUGUUUUGAAGGUAACAACCCACAUUCAUCGCAGGAUUGUCAUGCCAACGCUCUAUCUUAAUUCCACAGUCCCACCAUAUUUGCCCAAAGCUGGUAGCUUCCAAAGCAGUGCUAGAACUGCUCCAGUGCAUGCAGCUGCUACGGUUAAUGCAGGUGAUGAUAGGUGGGAAAUUAGAACCUAAACUUCCGUCCAUGCAAACUUUCCUUGAUUUAAAUGCAUAUCUUUUUAUUGAAUGAAGAGUUAGUUACUUUGGAGAAAAGGGGCAUUGGCAGAAUUCUGUUACAAAGGGGUUUAAUCUCUUCACUCUUGAGCAGAAAUGGUCUGGGGCAGGGAGAGGAAGUUAUUAGGUGGGGAGAGUGUCACAGGACGGAUUUUGAAACUGCUCCUCUCAGCAGCACUUCAGUUCCAGACAAAUAUGAAGGGACCACAGUGUAAAUUCUGACUUGCCUUAGUUAAGGUACACCAUGAUAAUAGGGAUGGCGGAGGGCCACCUUGAGGACGCUGAGGAUACGUAAGAGGAGGUAACAGUGAGAGGAUGACAGCACUUAAGGGCUUUCUGAGUAUAAGGGGCACAGAACCCAGUUUCAUCUAUUUUGUUACUGGAGCACUUGUUAAGUAAAAAUAUUUCACUGAAACCUGAGGUUCUCUCCUUCCUUUGAUUACAAUGCACAAAAGAGUUUUCUUUCCCUGUUUCCCUUUUAUAUUCUAGCAAUGGUGAAAUAAUUUAUAGUACUUACAUUUGUUCAUGAAGUCAACAUAAUGUUAUGAUUGCAAAGCAGAAUCUAGCAUACUGUAAGUCAUUUCCUUCGGAGAUAGCAAGUUAAGAAAUCCAAGGUAUGCUUUACUUUUUACAAAUAACUGAAUGGUUGUACAGUAUCUGCUAAAAGAUUUUAAAGGCAUCCUAUGUGCAAUGCAGCUGGGUUUCUGGGGCUGAUAAAAUAAGAGGAUUAGCCUUAGGACGUUAUGUUCAACAUUAAGGUAACAUAUCUGUUCUCAGUGAUGAUUCAGAGUGUUUCAAAAUUCAAAGCAGAGCAAUAAACUUUAAACCAAAAAAAAUAUCUUUUUUCUAGCAAUCAGGUUUUGCAUAUUAAAAAAAACCUCAUGUUAACAGUGUUAGUUUUUUUUUAUUUCAAGCACGUUAUUCUGUAUGCUUUUGCUUACCCUCUUAUAAACAUGUAAUUAUUGUAUAUUAUAACAGUUCCUUAAUAUCUUCUAUUGUACAUAGUUUAUUUUAUAUAUUUACUAAAUAAAUGUAUUACUAAGUGCUUUAAAGGUA